AUGCCAACCCCAAACUCUUCGAGUUCUUCAGCCAAAGGCUUCCGGCGGGCGGUCUCAGAGCUGGACUCCAAGCAGGCAGAGGCCAUCAUGUCACCACAAUUCAUUGGUAGACGACAGAGCCUCAUUGAAGAUGCCAGAAAGGAGAGAGAGGCAGCAGCGGCAGCGGCAGCAGCGGCCUCUGAGGCUGCCGAAUUGGCUGAAAGCAUUGUCUUUGAAGAGAAAGAUGGAAUGGCCAUGCUGAACCUCCUGUUCACACUCAAGGGAUCCAAGGCUUCGCUGCCAUCCCGGGCACUUAAAGUAUUUGAGACAUUUGAAGCCAAAAUCCAUCAUCUGGAAACAAGGCCCACCAAGAAAGUACAUGAGGGGUCAAGUGAUCUGGAAUACUUUGUGCGAUGUGAACUCCACAGCUGUGAUCUGAGCACCCUCAUCAGUUCCCUCAGGAGGGUUUCCGAAGAUGUCAGGAGCACAAAAGAAGACAAGUUUCAUUGGUUUCCAAGAAAAAUCUCUGAGUUAGAUAGAUGCCAUCACUUGGUCACCAAAUUUGACCCUGAUUUGGACCUGGAUCACCCAGGAUUCUCAGACCAAGCGUAUCGGCAACGGAGGAAAAUGAUAGCAGAAAUUGCUUUCCAUUACAAGCAUGGCGACCCAAUUCCUCGAGUGGAAUAUACUGCAGAAGAGAUCACCACCUGGAAGGAGGUUUACAGCACCCUGAAGAGUCUCUAUCCCACCCAUGCCUGCAAGGAACACCUGGAUGCCUUCCAUCUGCUGGAGAGGUACAGCGGUUACAGUGAAAACAGCAUUCCUCAGCUGGAGGACGUUUCCCGCUUCCUGAAGGAGAGAACUGGGUUCCAGCUCCGACCUGUAGCUGGUCUUCUAUCUGCUCGCGACUUCCUAAGCAGCUUGGCCUUUCGGGUGUUUCAGUGUACACAGUACAUCCGCCAUGCCUCCUCUCCCAUGCAUUCCCCAGAGCCCGACUGUUGCCAUGAACUUCUGGGACAUGUACCGAUGUUAGCAGACAAGACCUUUGCACAAUUUUCCCAGGAUAUUGGACUUGCAUCUUUGGGAGCAACUGAUGAAGAGAUUGAAAAACUUGCAACACUUUAUUGGUUCACUGUGGAGUUUGGGCUCUGCAAGCAGAAUGGAAUGAUCAAAGCCUAUGGAGCUGGUCUGCUCUCCUCCUAUGGGGAGCUGAUACAUUCUUUGUCAGACGAACCAGAACUACGGGAUUUUGACCCUGAUUCUACCGCUGUGCAACCCUAUCAAGAUCAGACCUACCAACCAGUCUAUUUUGUAUCGGAGAGCUUCAGCGAUGCCAAAGCUAAGCUCAGGGCCUACGCAUCACAUAUCAAGCGUCCGUUUUCUGUGAAGUAUGAUCCGUACACGUACAGCAUUGAGCUCCUGGACCACCCGCAGAAGAUCCACCACUCCCUGGAGAAUGUGCGAGACGAGCUUCACUCAUUAAUUGACGCACUCAACAUUAUCAGCUAG